AACGGCACGACACGAUUCACCGAGGCGGGCAGGGCGUGUUGACACGCUGCAUGCAUACAUACAUGUAGCCCUCACAACACGCCGGACGUGCCAUGCGCCGACUGCGAUUGCCUCGCUCGCCGUCCUCUCACUUCCUCAUCCCGUCGUCGCAGCAAGCAUCAGCGACGCGCCUGCCGCAGAAGGACGACCCUUUUCGCCCCCCUUCCAAUCUAGCACCCGCCGUCGAUCGCAUGUCCAUUCGGCCCGCCCACCACUGCCCACGAAUGCAGCCCGACGUCGUCGACACUGCUGAUGCCCUCGCGACGCGUCGUGUGUAGUAUACCGUCUUCAUCAUGGCCGACGGCGGCGUCGUUCCCCAGCAUGCGCCCGCCGUCAAGCCUCCCGCCUCCACAGCGACCAUCCCCAUUCCGACGCAGAAUCCCAAGCGAUUGACCGUCGACACCUUCUCGCCCGUCACGCAGUUCGGCAGCUACGAGUACGACAGGAUCAUCAGGCAGGGACCGGUGCUCAAGCGCACGCGGAGAACCAAGUCUUGGAAGCCCGUCUACAUCGUCCUGAGGGCAAACCAACUGUCCAUCUACAAAAACGAGAAAGAGAGCAAGCUACGCCAUGCGGUCAAUCUCUCCGAGCUCACCGCAGUCGCGCGACAAAAGGACCCCAAGCGGCAGAACAAGCAUGUCUUUGGCCUCUUCUCGCCCUCGCGAAACUUCCACCUCGAGGCCGCGACAGAGAAGGAGGCCCAGGAAUGGGUAGAAGCAAUACGACUGCAGGCACGUAUGGAUCAAAAGGAAGAGGAGAUGUACCUUGCCAGCCCGUCUGGUGCGAAUGCGAGCUAUCGCGGCUUUGAACGGAGCAUCGAUGCCAAUUUGAGCCCAUCGGCGAACGACGUUGUGUCUGGAUACAGCUCCUCCGACGCAGAGGCUCUCAAUACCACUCAAGUCCUGCCACGAACGCGAGAUCGAGCGAGCAUGAACAUGACAAACAAUCGCAAAUCCUCUGCUAUCGAAUACUCGGGGGCCGAGCAUGGAUCGUGCUCCGACUUCUCCGAUUGGGGUGGAGGACCGGCUGCACGCAUGUCUGCACUUUCGCUGUCACACUCUGAGAUACGACCGUCUACCGGCAAUACUCAGCAGAUCAGUCCUGUCUACGGGCAAGCGCCCGGGCGGCCUUCAAUGGGUGUGCGGAAUCCAAGCCAGGUGUCCGGCAUCAAUUUGGGUUCCGAAGAAGGUGUCAAAAAGCAAGCCGUGGCUGAUGAUCCAGAGCGUGUUAUUUACCACGGCUGGAUCUAUCUACUGAAGUCCAAGUCCGGUGUCCGACAAUGGAAGAAAGUCUGGAUGGUGCUGCGGCCGAAGCAACUCGCAGUCUACAAAAAUGAGGAAGAAUACACGGCACUAAUCGUCCUGCCCUUCCCAAGCAUCAUCGACGCUGUCGAGAUUGACGACAUCUCGAAAACAAAGACUGCAUGCAUGCAGAUCCUCACCGAGGACCGGAAUUACCGAUUCUGCGCAGUGGACGAAGACAGUCUCGCGAGGCUACUAGGAGCGCUGAAGAGCUUGUUAUCAAAGCGGAAAGCGAAGGCUGUGCUUCAGCAGCAACAGCAACCUGUCGCUGCCACCUAGCACUGCUCUCGAGCAUUACGACGCCAUUGACGGCUUGACGAUGACGAUACUACAAAUACCCCCUACGAAUCCGUUUGCGAACAUGUCCUAUGCUUUGGUGUACACAAUUGGCUUGGCGAUGGUUAUGCCACGCCGUCUACCGCCACCAGGACAUUCGCGUUGCUAGAAUAGCAGUAUAGUUCAUAACUGCGAAACCUUGUGUAUACCGUUGUCGGUCUCCUGUAGGUUCAUGUGCCCGAGCCCGAGCCAUUCAAAGGAUCUGGCUAGUCUUGGCGAAGAUGAAUAAUGACGUCGCCCAGGGACGAGUAUGCUACUUUCAACGCCCGAAUGUCCGUUGAGAGCGAUGGUUAUCGGUGCGAGGUGC